AUGGAAAAUGGCGAAAAAAAGAAGAAGGGGAUCAGAUUGGUGUCGAGGAAGUCAACAAAAAAAAUGCUAGGACGAUGGAAGCGAUUAGAAAGCUCUGAGAAAAUUGAUCUUGAAUCGGAGAAAAAACCUGUGCGAAUGAUAAUGGGCAAGAGCCUUUCUGAGGUAGUCGAAUUGGACCCUUCUCUCGAUGGCAUUCCAUUGCCAACCUUUUUUCGCUAUUCGCUGGAUUAUGUUGAGAAAAAUGGGCUGAUCUUGGAAGGCAUAUAUCGAAUAUCGAGUCCUAAAUCACGGUUAGAUGAACUAGAAAGUAACGUGAAUGAAGGAAAGGAGUUGGUUUUUCGGGAUGCACAUGAAGCUGCGGGACUCAUCAAACGUUUUCUCCGCCAACUGCCCGAACAGUUAGUUCCGAAUCAGGUCGAGAAAGCUGCGGAAGCUUGCAAAUGCGAUUGGAAGACUAUUUGCUCGUGUGGUGCCACCAAAUCAAUUAAACACUUGUUGAAUCAAAUGGAAAAAUCCCAGUACUAUCUGUUGACCUACGUAUUUCUUCAUGCUCAAAACGUAGUUAAGCAUGAAUGCGACAACAAAAUGGGAAUACCAGCGCUAGGCUUACUACUACAGACUGUUCUGGAAAUGAGUCGUAAACUGAUAUGUAUUUUUAUUCAAAAUGCAUCCAGCUUGUCGAACGAAAGAAACGAAGAGGCUUUCUAUCUAUUUCCGGAUGUACACAUUUUGACGUAA